AUGGUGGCUGGAGUUGAGCUUCAACAAAAGCUGCUGCAUCGGCUGCGGGCGCUAACAGGAGAAGCCCCGCCGGCCGGCACACUCACACCAGAGGUUGACAAGAAGCCAAGCCCUUCAAAAUCUUCGCGUGACGAGGAUCGCUUGGAGGAUUUGGCCUCCGAGGCGAGCAGGCUGCGACAGCAGAUCUUGAAUGCAAGGAAGGAGAGAGACCUUGCAAUGAGAAGGAGACAGAGCACAGAACAGGAAUCGGUAAGCUUUCACACGAGCACCGCGAAGCAAAUCGCAAACUAUCAUUGUCGGUUGCAAGCUAUGCACAAUACUAUUACACCUGACAAAGAAGAGGUAAAUGCUCUUCGACAGAACUGUCGCAAGGACGAUCGCAAGAAGCAGAGCCACCAGGCGCAGGUCAGGAAGCUGAAAGAAGAGGCUGACCGGUGCAAGGCGCAUAAAUCCAAGCUCGUUGCUGAGGUGCAGACCGAGUCGGACAGGGUCUCUGCUCUCCGAGCAGAAGUGAAGACCUACGAGCAGCGCUUAAAGGAAGCGCUGGAGCGCAAGGUCUUGGCGGAGGCGGAGGUCACGGCAGCCAAGAUGGCACAAGCAGCACAGGAGGAGGAGGAGAAGGAGGAGGAGGAGGACGAGACGAGGAACUUCACAAUGCUCACGGGGAGCGACGAUGAGCAAGAGGAUGAGAACGAGGAGGAGGAAGCCAGAGUCCUGAACGAGCUG